AGAGAGGAAACGCCGGGGACUGAGAGGAUGCAUACAGGCCGUGUCCUGGUCCGCAACAGGAUAUUUAAGUAUGCGUUGUGAAAUGGCUACGGAUUUGCUUGGUUAUCCUACUGCACGGUUUCCGUAAAUGUAUUAUUUACUUUUAGAAAACGAUUUUUUUUUCAGUGAAUGGGCGUUUUGGUGCGUACAUUUUAACGACAAACAAUAACGAAUGAGACGGGGUUUCUUCAGUUGUAAUGCAAUGGUUUUUAGGGUAGGCUAGUAAAAUAAAAUUAUGAAUCAAAGACUGAAUGUGCUUAAUUGUAAACCACAUUUUUUUCCCUCAAAAGAUACUUUAUUUCCAUAACAACAUCUCGCAAAAGAAACAUUGUAAACCACAUACGUCAAAAACAGGUGACGGAGUCCCGACUCCCAUCACAGGCUACGGCUUGAAGGAUGCCGAGUAUUUAGCUGUUCAUUUAAGUGCAUGGCGUGUUUUCUAAAUGGAAAUGGUCUCAAUCUUUUAGGUUAAACGUGGCAUUUGAAUUUACUUUCAAAUGCCUUACUUGUUUCACGCUCAGCCUAACACCUCCAAAAAAAAGUACCUUCAGUCUGUAACCACACACUUGACUUAAGGGGAAGAAUUGGCUGUUGGUUCAAGAGCAUAAGGGGUUCAGAUAUUUUGUGUGUUACAGUUCUCUAAUGAAGGUAUUAUUGUUUUUUCCCCCUUGUGACAGAGAAACGUUGCUUCUAUGUUAAGUGGCUUAGUUCAGUUUGUCAUAUGCACAAGUACGAGAUGUUCAUUAGGAUACCAUCCUAGGAUCAUUUAACUGCUAACUACACAACAGACUAAGAUGAGGCCUAAUGUUGUUCUAAACUGCUCCUCACCUUCCAACCCUCAUCCAACCACAUUCAGGCUAACCUGCUGUUAGGACUUUAAUGCUUUCACAUGGAUAACAUGGAGACCCCGAGACUCCUUUGAAUUUAAUUACCUAUAUUGCCCCUAAGGGAAUUUGUCUUGCACAUCAAGAACUUAUAAAUGUAUUACAUAUAUGACAAUAAUGCAAUACAACAACAGUACAAUACCAUGAUACACAAUAACAUUUAACAACAUCGUUCAGUCUGAACCCUUUCAGAAUCUUACAUGGACUUAGGUGUAUUGUGAAACAAACGGGGAACUGUAAUUUGUAACUGCUUUGAUUUGUUUCUGAUAAUAGUUUCAACAGACUUGAGGAGAAGUGCGUAAGUACUCAGAGACUGACCGGGUUUGAUUUCAGUAUGUGAUUCAUUCCACUGAUUUCAGAAAAGGCACUCUUUUAUAGGAAAAAAAUGCCCUUUUUGAUAACUGGGGCGUGAGUUUGUUGUAUUACUGAGAAUAUUUCAUCUGACCAUAAAAAAUUGUUUUACACAACAAAAAACUAAAGCAACAACAUUUGGUGGAUAACUUCCCAUUUCAAGCAAUCAAGGGGAAUUUCUUGAGUUUUUAUUUCUGAGAACCAAGGUCGUAUUGUGCUCACACAAAUUACCCAUUUGGGAUUGGCCUCCGAACUUGUGACACUGAUCAGUUAACCUCUGAUAUCUGUUUCUGUUUAUUGCUGAAAAGGCUUCUUUUUCUAUCUAUUAUCUUGUUAUGCAGCCUAAUUGGUAUCAGCAAGUUUUAAUUAGAAGGGGACAAUUCAUAUCACACAAGGCAUUCCCUAGAAAACUAGAAACUACAGUCUGAAAGUAUCCGAAGUUUAAAGAAAUAUGUCACAUAAAUUUACUAUACAUGCUUGCAAUUUGGAAAUAUGCAAAUAUUUGCAAUACAUAGUAAUAUUGCCAUUUUAAUAUGUCCUAUUAAAAUGCGAACCUCUCAAAAUACAGUGUAUUUUGCAUUAGUCCGUGCAUUAUUUUGUGUUUGGUGUUUUGCUACAGUUUAAUGUUCUCUUAAUUGAGGUUGAUCGUUUUUGUACAGGAAAGACUCCAGGUCAUUUAUCGUUAUGGAUGCAUAUUUUAUUUUGAAUGAAUGGGGAUUUUAUAAGGUCAGGGCUUCCUGUUGAAAACCAGCCUAGGAAGCCCUUAUGAAGUAACAGAAACUGAAUUUUUAGUAGCACAGUAAGACUGAAAGUAAAUUAAGAUGAUGUGUGAUUGAACAAGUGUCCUAUAAGCUUGUUUGACUAUGAAUGUUCUACCUGCUAGAGAACUUGCUUAGUUCAUCUUUAAUUGACAGGCUAGGAGAAAAGGGUGAUAACUUACAAUAUGUUCUACUAGAGUGCAGGGUUUAUGUGGUCUUUGGGCCUGUGUGAAUUGUGGGAGUCCCUGCACAGUAGAUCUCGGCUCGAGUAGGAGCAAAUUCGGGGAAGCUGAGCAGAUCUGCAGCCGUGGGUGUUCAGAAAGAUCCAGCCAUGGCCCAGGUGGAGAAGAAGGCAGGCUUGCUGCGGAAGUCCUCCGCCUCCAGGAAGCCCCUGAAGGAGAAGGUGGUGCUCAUGUACGAUGAGAUUUUUGCGAGGGAAGACCCAGCCAAGAACAACCCGCGCUUCUGGGAGGAGCUGUUCCUGAUGAAGGUGAACCUUGAAUACUUAGAGGGGAAACUGGAGUCUUUGGAUGGUGAUGAACUGAUGAAGAUCAAGGACAAUAUCAACAGCUUGUUUCAGCACUGCAUCCAGGCACUGGGAGAGGAGCAUCAGAUCAAGGUGGUAAAUGCCUUACAGACUUUGUGCGCCCUGUUCCGGGGGGUUCAUCAGAAGAACAAGUCAACAUCGGGCUUCGACAUCAUCAACAUGCUGAUGGGCUUCGACAAGGCUGAGUUGCGCAUGAAGGACCUCAUGGAGAGUUUGGACACCCUGCUAUGUGGAGAAGGUUCGGAAAGCUUGAAGAGCCUGUGUUUGAAGUUGCUGCUCUGCUUAGUGACGGUGACAGAUAACAUAAGUCAGAAUACCAUCCUGGAGUAUGUUAUGAUUAACAGCAUCUUUGAGGCUAUUCUACAGAUCCUCUCUAGCUCUCCCAGCAGGAUACAGCAUGGGUAUGAUGCAGUAGUCCUCCUGGCUCUCCUUGUCAACUAUAGGAAAUAUGAGUCUGUGAAUCCAUACAUCGUGAAGUUGUCUAUUGUGGACGACGAGACCACAUUAAAUGGAAUGGGGCUGGUGAUCUCGCAGGCUCUGUCGGAAUACAAUAGGCAGUACAAAGACAAGGAGGAGGAGAACCAGGGUGGCUUCUUCUCUGCCCUCACCACCAUGGUGGGCAGUAUGUUCAUUGCUGAUGCAGAGGAGAAGAUAUCUGUGCAAACAAAUGAGGCUAUUCUUCUGGCUCUGUAUGAGGCAGUACAUUUAAACCGCAACUUCAUCACUGUACUCGCACAGAGCCAUCCCGAGAUCGGCAUGUUGUCGUCACCAGUGACGCCAGUUCCCACCACGCCCACCACGCCCCUGGGCACCACUCCACCCUCCCUGGAUGUGAUGAACUCCACAGAGCUGCCCCUUGACCCCAAUCUGCAGACCAGCAACCUCCUCAUCACCUUCCUCAAGUACUCUUCCAUUGUCAUGCAGGACACCAAAGAUGAAAACAGACUCAACAGUGCCAAGCUGUGCCUUAUCAUUCUCACCUGUAUUGCAGAGGAUCAGUAUGCCAAUGCCUUUCUCCAUGACGACAACAUGAAUUUCCGAGUGAACUUGCACAGGAUGCCCAUGAGACACAGGAAGAAAGCCGCAGACAAGAACGUUCCCUCCAGACCACUGGUGUGUGCAGUUCUGGACCUGAUGGUAGAGUUCAUCGUCACUCAUAUGAUGAAGGACUUUCCCAUGGAUCUCUACAUGCGCUGCGUCCAGGUCGUGCACAAGCUGAUCUGCUAUCAGAAGAAGUGCCGAGUCCGGCUACACUACACUUGGAGAGAGCUGUGGUCAGCACUCAUCAACCUGCUGAAAUUUCUCCUCUCGAACGAGACCACCUUGCUGACAAAACACAACAUCUUCCAAUUGGCCCUGCUGGUAGUAAACUUAUUCAACAUGUUUAUAACCUAUGGGGAUACCUUUCUUCCAACACCCAGCAGCUAUGAUGAGCUUUACUAUGAAAUUGUGAGGAUGCACCAGGUGUUUGACAAUCUCUACUGCAUGGUGCUCCGAGUUUCAGCCAAUACUGGUCAGUGGAAGGAGCCCGCGAGCAAAGUUACUCAUGCCUUGGUCAAUGUCAGAGCUAUAAUCAACCAUUUCAAUCCCAAGAUCGAGUCCUAUGCUGCUGUGAACCACAUCUCUCAGCUCUCUGAAGAUCAGGUCCUGGAGGUGGUGCGCUCCAACUACGACACGCUGACCCUGAAGCUGCAGGACGGGCUGGACCAGUAUGAGAGGUACUCCGAGCAGCCCAAGGAGGCCGGCUUCUUCAAAGAGCUGGUGCGCUCCAUCAGUCUGAAUGUGCGGAAAAACGUCUCCCUCAACACGCUGAGCCAGGACGUGCUCCUCAAGGAGUUCUCCUCCAUAUCCUGAGAUGGUGCCUUCAGCUUUGAGGACUCGUAACCUUGUGUCUGGUCCCCAGAGUGCCUGCUGCACCCCCUCCACCCUGUUCCACUGCUUCCUGAGUGUCCUCCUCUCCACACGAGCCAGUGCUGCCACUGGCCGGCAAGGCCGACCUCCCCAGACCCUCGGACGCCCCCCGCCUGGCCUUCGCCCUGGUGCACACCAACAUGCUGGCAUAGGAGCCCUCUGGGAUGUGGGCUGUGUUUGUGUGCGCAGCUAGAAUAUAACAGUGAUUGCACAGUGUGGCCUCAGCAUUGUCCUCACUUCCAAGUGUUAAUCAACCUUUUUAAUUUAAAAAAAAUCAUUGUUUUUUGGUUUGUUUUUCUGUCCUGCUGGUGCUUUUGACCUAGGGAAUAAUAUGAAGCUUAGUGUUGUUAUUUUAUUAACAGACAUUUACUUUGUUUUAAACAAACCUCUAGAGACAGUAUCACAUGAAUUCUGUAGCACUCAUAACCAGAUAUAGGUAUUUUGAGCUGUGAUUAGUGUUUGCAGUUAACGUGUGGGUUCAGAGUUUUAAAGGCUACGUUUUCCAGUUUUGUACAGUGAGAGGAUCAUUUUCUGAAAAGAGUUGUUAUUUCAGUAUAACUUUACAGGAGUUCGCCUUAGGUCACUGCCAGAGCCCAGCUCCCCUUGUGUGUGCGUGUGCAUGCUAAACCAUUAAUUUUCCUGUUGUGGUUUAGGAAUUAAAUGUCAUUUCUUAAUACUGACCCUGAGGCCUCUGUUUCAGACAUUUAACCUUAAUACUGACAGUAUGAGCUUCUGUGCAGAUUGCUGUUUUAAAGGGUGAAGCUGUAUGGUUUGCAGUCUGAUGUGUAGAUGUUCUAAUAACAAAUGCCACUCCCCACACCCCUGAGCCUCAGAGGAGCUCUGAGAAAGACGGGCCCAAGAGGCCGACACUAACAAACUCGACACAACGUCCUUCUUCACUGGUGGGAUCAGCAGUGAAGCAGGUUUGAAAUGCAGAAUGGCAUCUUGGAGACAAACAGGAAUUCUCAUCUGCGGAUGCCAUGGUUGCAGAGGACUCCCGUAGGUCCAGAAAGAGCAGCUGCUGCUGUCCUGCCAUUUGUGGGAAUGAAGAAUUCCCAUCUCAGAAUCCUGAACUGAGUCAAUUUCUUGGGCCAUUGACUAAGAGGAGUAUAAAUAAUGUGCCCUACAGCCCCCACUGGAGACUUGGAGAUUUUUCAUUUUACACGCAUAGAAUUCCGCCUUUGCCUAUUUUCCAGUGUAAAAUGUCGAUUUGACUCCCUGUGUGCAGCUGUCCUGAUUCCUGGCGAGUUAUUUGAUCCGAUGGACUUCCGGCACUGCCCCGCAGUACAGAACACAAUCCAGGAAUUCUGUUGUGGAUUUUUUUCCCUGGUUUCAUUUGUGUGUCUGACGCUACAAGCAGAUUGCUGUCGCGUUUGGCACGGUUCCUGCACUGUGGGCCUCUCCUUGCCCGUCUGAGCUCAGACCUGUCCCCUGAGCGGCAGGGAGACUGCUGUGAAAAGGCCUAGAUACAGGCUGCUGCGUCUGCAGCGCUCGAGGGACAGUACCUGGCUGGUGCAGAUUAAAAAAAAAUUGUUACUGUU